CACAACCUUAACUUUAACUUCUCAGCUUCACAACACUGAACAUAACGCCAUAAACACCGCAUAUAUCAACCCCGCCAUGGCCGACCCAUCGCGCCCUUCAACUCCUCCGCCCGCCUCCUCUAACCCUCCCCAACGCACCCCAGAAGCAGCCCGCCGCCUGGAAGAACAGAGACUCAAAGCCAAGUCUCUCUAUGACCGCCGCCGUCUCGCCGCCGCCUCCGCAGGCUCAGACCCUUCAACAACAACCACAACAACUCCCUCCGGCUUCCUUGCCUCCCCACUCAAACGCCCCGCCGCCGCUAUCUCAACCAGCGCAUACGCCUCGUCCGUCCCUUCGACGUCGCGCGAUGCGCGCGCAGAUACAGCGGGGGAACCGAGGAUAGAGGCAGCGAGGAAGUUUAGGAAGUUCGUAGAUCAUGAUUUCAGCACUGUGGUGGAUACGAAGGGAGGUUUUCUGGCGGAGGAAGAUGGAGGGGUGGGAAGCGCGGGGAGGGGGAAUAUGGGCGGUGAUGGAGGGGAUGGAGGGAGACCUGCGCAUAUGACGCUGGCAGAGUGGGAGAGGUUGCAAUUGAAAAAGUCGCUGCAGCGCAGGAAGGAAGGACCGUUUGAGCCGGGGCUGAGUGUGUUGGAGGGAGGAGAGAGGAAGAAGUGUAGGGAAUGCGGGAGUUGGGAGAUAGAUUGGGUGUGGGAGGAGGUGUUUGGGACGGAAGUUUGCGCGAGGUGUAAAGAGAAGUUCCCGGAGAAAUACAGCUUGUUGACCAAGACGGAGGUGAAGGAUGAUUAUCUCCUGACCGAUCCGGAACUCAAGGAUCCCGAACUCCUCCCGCACCUGUCCAAGCCCAACCCGCAUAAAUCUCACUGGCACGACAUGAUGCUCUUCCUGCGGUACCAGGUUGAGGAGUAUGCGCUCGGGCCCUCGAAAUGGGGUUCGGCAGAAGCUCUCGACGCCGAGUUUGCGAAGCGUGAGGCGGAUAAGAAGAAGCGCAAGGAGGAGAAGUUUAAGUCGAAGCUCACAGAACUGAAGCGGAAGACGAGGGCGGAGCAUUAUAGGCGGGCGGCGAGGGAAGGGGGAGCGGGGGGCACGUUUGGGGAUAAGGUUGGCGGAGGGAGGCAUGAGCAUGAGUGGGGAGCUACGGUGGAGGAUGCGGGGAGGACGGUCAGAGCGUGUGUGGAGUGUGGGAUGGAGGUGGAGGAGGUGGAGUUGUAACUCCGGGGAACUGGUAUGGGAUUCGUAUUUCAAUGCCUGUUAUGCGCUGGUGCAUCUAGGGAUCGCCCUAAUAAUGUUGGGGUUGAGAUCCUAGUUUCGCAGAACAGGAAGGAACUGAUGCAUGGAUAUCACCAGUGAGGUAUUGCUGCAUGUCCGCACGGCAGAGGUGUUAUUUCCACCAUCUCCUGAAAUGACAGGGGGCUCUUGACGGUCCCUGCUACGUGUCCGCACGGCAAGAUAUGGUGAUGGGCCGCGACUUACAUCACUCUUGGAAAAUAUCAAGAUAAUGAAUCGGGAAGACACCUACGAGUAAUAUGCCGGUGAUAUUCUUACCAGCCUACGAGGCGCAAAGAGAUCUUCGAAACAGAAAUUUCUAUCGCUAGGUCUGAGUUGAUGCAUAACGGCAUGUCGAAGCAGGCACAACCAUGGUUGGCCUACUGUAGAUAUACAAUACGACGUCGCGGGAAAAAGGAAAACUGUACCUUGUAUGAUACUUCCGACUCUUAUAUAGCUCUAGACUUAACUUGGGGUUGAUGGGGAUGCACGAGUAUCGCCGUGGUGACGACAUGUACAUAUUGGAGUGCGGGGAA